GCGAACUUGAAACUUUCAUCCGAUCGGAAAUGAAGCAAAAUCGAAACUUCUCUUUGCUUGGAGACCGGAAAGACAGCCGAGGUAUCGGACCCUCGUCAUUUCCAAGUGGGCUGACAAAGGAGGAUGGAGGCGGCAGACCAGAAAUUGAAGCGCCUGAGAAAAGAAUUACUGAAUGGACUCAGCAGCGGUGUCAUUGCUGAUCUGGUGGAUGAAAUGCAAGAGUCAGGUGUGAUCAAUACCUCCGAAUCAGAAGACAUUCUCCAAGCAAAUCAAACAACUAAAAACAAGGCUAGAAGUCUUAUUGACACUGUUUCAAGAAAAGGAGUACGAGCCAGUGAAAAAUUCAUUGAGUGUCUGAACACAGCAGACAACGUACUAUGCAAAGAAUUGGACCUUUAUCUGGUGAAAACGGAUGCAUCAACCACUGUUCCAAAGCAAGCUCCCGUGAAUUCACCAGACUUUGGAUCAGUCCCAACCACUACCACUCCAGCACCAGAGGUACCCAUGUCUGUUGAGUGGAUAACUCCAUGUACACAGCAGGACUAUGAUAAGCUUUCCCAGAAGACGACAGAGGUAUAUAAGAUACUGCCAAAACAGAACAGGAAACGUCUGGCCCUGCUGAUUAAUAACAUUGAUUUUGAGAAACCUGGAAUGAAGAGGCAAGGUGCAGAGGUAGAUGAAGAACAAAUGCAGAAACUGCUGAAUGGCUUUGGAUACCAAGUGGAAAAACACAAUAAUUUAACAGCAGAGGGAAUGGAGAAAGUGUUGAUGGCAUUUUCAAAUCGAGAGGAACACAUGCAGUCUGAUAGCACCUUUGUUGUUCUCAUGUCCCAUGGACUCCGAGAUAAAAUCUGUGGCAAAUUUCACAGUGAGGAGACAGAAGAUACUUUUCAUAUCGACAAUGUCUUUAACAUUUUAAACAACAAGAACUGCAAAGGACUGAGAGGGAAGCCCAAAGUCAUCAUCAUCCAGGCCUGUCGUGGAACAAACCUUGGUCAUGCCUAUGUCAGUGAUUGUGUAAAGGCCGAAUCCCCUACAGUCUAUGAAGAAGACGGUCCCAUUUACCAAGUUCACAAAGAAAGUGACUUCAUCUGUUUCUGCUCCACCACUCCAGAAAAUGUGUCCCUUAGGCACGUUCAAAAUGGAAGCAUAUUCAUCCAGAAGUUAGUCGAUGUAAUGAAGCAAAAUGCAUCGAAAUUUGAUGUUGAGGAGCUUUUCUUCAAGGUCCAGCAGUCAUUCCAGACCUUUACCAGACAGCUACCUGUGAAGGAAAGAGCCACACUGAUGAAGAAGUUUUACCUGUUUCCUGGCAUGUAACACAUCAGUUCCCAGAAGCAAACCUCUACGCCUGACCCCAGGUCCUGCAGCAGAAUUACAGAGCAUGCCUAGAGAUCAAAAUUUCCCUCAGAUCUGUGACUUGCAUGCAUUCAGUACUUCUUGGAAAAUUAUUUUUUUUAAAGCUUUCAUUGCGGUGAUGGGGUAUUGUGUGAUGUUGCAGGGAGGUUAUGCUUUACAGAAUAAGCUGAUAAUUAUAUAUGGUGCCUAAAGAUACAAAUGCCAGUUGCUUCAGAUCCUAAUUAUAAUCAUACUAAAAUAAUUAGUGCUUUUAUUUACUUUGCUAGAGGAUUAGUAUAUUCCUUCACCAAGUCUCAAGCAGUGUCACAGUAGAUCAGCGCAUUGUUAGUGUGUGCAAUUUACUGUUGCAUAUAUGAAUACCAGACUAUCAAACCUGCUGAGAAAACCUACUAUUUGGGAACCUUCUUUGUCUACAAAUCAAUCCAAAUUCAAGGGCAAAGGUCAUCCAUCUAACCUCUGCUGUUAACCUACCCACUCUGGUAUGAUGUUUCUGCUCUCAGGAGAUACUAGUUUUAAAAGUAUCGGGAUUGACUUUUUUGAGAGGAUUUGUCCUUUUCUUGGUCUCUUGGCAUUUUUCCUGGGAUUGAAUGUUUAUUUGCUUUCCCUUGCUAGCUUUCAACUUUCCAUGCUACCACUCAGGGCACCUUGCUCAUUGAACUGCUUAUGCCAUCCUGCCACCUUUCAGCACAGAACGCUACAGAAAAUGCCCAUUUUCAAACUUUGAUAGCAGCAGGAAAUGCAGGAGCCACUUUAAGAAGCAGCACAAGCACAUUUCUGUUUCUUCCCAGCAAAUCCCAGCCUCUUUACUUCCACUGCAUCAUAGGAAUAGGGGUAGGCCAUUCAGCAACUGAAACUUGCUCCACCAUUUAGUUGGCUAAAGAAAGAUAUACUUGCCUUAGAGUAUGUGCAACAAAAGUUCACUAGAUCGAUUCCCUGGGAUGAGCAAACUCCUCUCAAGAGAGAUUGAGUAGAAUAGGCCGAGAUUGUGUGGAGUUUGGAAGAAUGAGACAUCACCUCAUUCAAAUCCAUAAAAUUCUUCGAGGAUUUGACAGAGUAGACGCUGAUAGGCUAUUUCCCCUGGCUGAGGAUUCAAGAACUAGGGGGCAGUGUUUCAGGAUAAAGGAUCAACUAAGAUGAGAAAUUUAUUCACUCAAAGAGUUCUGAAUCUAUGGAAUUCUCUACCACAGAGGGCCAGAAGGGAUGCUGACCCGCUAAAUAUAUUCAAAACUGAGAUUGAUAGACUUUGGGCAAUAAGCAAAUUAAGGGAUGUGGGACGGGGUGGGAAAAUGGAGUUGAUGUAGAAGUUCACCCAUGAUCAUAUUAAAUGGCAAAGCAGGGCCACAUGACCUACUCCUGUUCCUAUUUCUUAAGUUCUAAUGUUCAAUUAGACCAUAAGUGGCUUGUACCUGAAUUGCAUUUACUUGCCUUAGCUCCAUAUCUCUUGAUAUCCUUAUCUAACAAAACUAUGUUGAUCUCAAUCUUGAAAUCUCCAAUACACCCAGAAGCCAGUCAUUUGGGCAUGAGAACUCCUGAUUUUUACAACCUGUCGUGUGAAAAAGUGGCCUAUCUCUCAUUUUAAAAUUAUGAGCUCUCAUUCUUGAUUAUCCCACCAGAGCAAAUAGUUUCUCCUUAUCUACCAUAUUGAAUGCUUUUAACAUUUUAAACAUCUCAAUUGUAUCAUCCCCUCAAUCUCCUGGUACGCAAGGGAGUACAAGCCAAUUUAUGUAACCUGUCCUCAUGUUUAACCCUGUAAGUCAUUCUGGUGAUUCUGCACUGGACCAUGUCUAAGGCCAGUAUAUCCUUCUUAAAGUACCAUGGGCAAAACUGAAUGCAGAUGAGGUCAGACCAAGGCUCAGUAUACAACAUGUAAUUUGCAACACGAGUAUAUAAUCAAUAUUUACAUGAGGAUACUCCAAAAACUCUUUAAUCCUACAGUUCAGCUGGGGAUAAAAACAAAAAACUGCAAGUGCUGGAAAUCCAAAACAAAAAUAGAA